AUGUUCGGUGAGUGGAACCGGGCGUACGGAUCCAACGGAUUCCUGCAGUACCAGUUCGUGGGUUUCGCCGAGGCGGCUUCCGGAAGAGUUCAAGAAGAUCAUCACGACAUCCAGCGCAGCGGGCAAUUACUCUGCCCUCAACGUGCUCAAGCUCGGCGAGGCAACCAGGCGUCGCUGAGCUUCCGAUCCCGGGCUGGAAAAAGCAAUACG